UUAUCUAGAAAAUGGCCAGUGUGGUUGUAGAAUUGUGGAAUUCCAGCUUGGGAUUUUCCACUGGAACUCAAUUGCAAACAAACUGGUGAAAUAACUUCCUGCAACUAGGACAUUUUUAUCUAAUCACCCUCAUCCCAUUUAACUAAUAACGCUAUUCCAAAACACAAAACAAGUGACCGAAAUUCAGUCGUGACUUUUUCACCUGUGGAGCAAAGUAAAUUACAUGUGGCCUUCUUAAAUGAGUGGUGAAGUCGGACUAUCGAAAACCGAUUGAUGUGAUGGGCCUACAUGACACGCAACAGGAUAGAUAAUUAUAAUUGACGUGAUUUAUCAAUGAUUUUUUGAAGCCAUAGUGCCAUACAAACAAGCAAUGAUAGCAAAGCCAAGCAAAGCUGAUUACGAAACCCAUUCAGUGUGACAACUGUGACACCUUUAUGUUAUAUUUCAAAUGAGUCUGUUAGAUUGUGGUACCUAUUUAAAUAGAUUCUUGUCAUUGACAUGUUAGAUUGUCGUGGUUUAACAAUUAUACGACCACAUCAUUUGGAAAUACGAAAAAAAUUCUUGCACGACUUUGGCCGUUACUUAGCGGUGAACUUUAAAUUAGUGAUUGUCUUAUCAUUCAUCAUAAUCAAACCUCUAGAUUUUAGAUUAAUUUAUGGUUACUAAAGGUUUUGUAACUUUUGUUGUUGGCACUCGGCAAUGAAAAGGUUUUUAAACAAAUGAAAGUGAAAGUGAAUUACGAUUUAUAAAUAAAGACCGAGCAUUGCCACAUUGCCAAGAACGAAUCAAAAUGCGAGUUAAUCGAUAAAUUAAAUUUUUCAUUAAUUUGACAAUGUCGCGUCAGCCAUCUUGGCGUCUCAUCGCGUCGGGCAAUAAUUCGGCUCUCAUCAUUUCAAUGUGCGCAAAGUUAGACGCAUUCUAUUUCUGACAUUACGUGUUCGGUUAAUUUCUGUCCGAUUGUCCACGAUUUCAAUUGAAUUUGACCAUAUUUUGCUAUAAGUCAUGCCGAGUAACGCUCAUUCAACGGGUGCCAAUACUACACCUCUGGGCAGGGUCAAUCCAGCUCUCACCGGUGGAAGAAGACAAGCAACUUCUUCGCUUUUAAACCCGAAUUAUCUGAAUUCGGAUGAUGAAGGCUCACACGGAAGCUACGAGCAAAAAUAUGAGCCAAAGUACGAAACAAAAUACGAAUCCAAAUUUGAUCAGCCAUCUACAACUCCCAGCUACAGCUACCCCACAUCAUCUUCGUCCACUUCUGCCAGUGCCAACACCUGGAAACGUGGACUGGAAGAUAGCAACAACUCAGAUGACAAUUCACUCGGUGGAGAGAAAAAGAAGAAGAGGCGUUCACGCUGGGGUGGAGAUGAGAAAGAAAAGACCUUCAUUCCGGGCAUGCCAACUGUUUUACCAGCAAACUUGACAAAGGACCAGGAGGAGGCGUAUCUAGUCCAAUUCAAGAUUGAGGAGAUAACACGGAAACUGAGGACUGGUGAUUUAGGCAUUGCUCCCAAUCCAGAAGAAAGAUCGCCAUCACCGGAACCAAUUUACGGGACGGAUGGUAAAAGGCUGAACACCCGGGAGUACCGGAUGCGUCGUAAGCUAGAAGAAGAGCGCCACUCCAUGAUCACCAAGAUGAUUUCCUUAAAUGCUGACUUCAAACCCCCUGUAGACUACAAACCCCCUAUGACGCGCGUCUCCGAUAAAGUCAUGAUUCCGCAAGAGGAGCAUCCGGAAAUCAAUUUUGUGGGGCUGCUGAUUGGUCCACGUGGAAACACUUUAAAAUCUAUGGAAAAAGACACUGGAGCUAAGAUUAUAAUUCGAGGCAAAGGAUCAGUCAAAGAAGGAAAAGUAGGUAAGCCUUUGCCAGGCGAAGAUGAACCUCUGCAUGCCUAUGUAACCGCCAAUAGUAUGGAAGCCAUUAAAAAAGCUGUCGAUCGAAUUAGAAAGAUCAUUAAGGAAGCUGUUGAGGUACCAGAGGAUCAAAACGAUUUACGGAAAAUGCAGCUACGAGAAUUGGCCAUGUUGAAUGGAACGUUCCGCGAAGGCGAGUUUGGUCCACGGUGUUCAAACUGCGGUGCCACUACUCACAAAGCAUGGCAAUGUCCCGACAAGCCUAACGUCACGAACACCGUCAUUUGCAACAACUGCGGAGGAACCGGUCAUAUUGCUCGAGAUUGUCGAACUCCCCGUAAUUCAGCUAAUGCUGAUGGAGCACCAGGAAAUAAGAUUGAUGAAGAGUACAUGUCUUUGAUGGCCGAAUUGGGAGAGGGUCCUCCACCGAAGAGUGAAGGAUCGGGAAGCGGUACACGUUCAAGUUAUCAUGGAAGCUCUGGAUUGUUUGAUCGACAACAAGGACAACCUAGGGCCAUCACUGCUGGUCCAUCCAUGGGUGGUGGUCGAGGUGGUGGUGGCGGCCCUCCACGUGGUCCUGGACCAAAUCAACAACAAGGAGCUGCCAAUCAAUGGGGUCCUCCACAAAGCUAUGGUCCGCCGGGUCCUUGGGGCACUCCGAUGGGCGGUGGAUGGAUGGGUCACAGUGGCGGUAUGUCAUCCGCUCCUCCUCCACCAGGUACUGAAGGUGCUUCCUCUGGUUCACAACAGCAAGCGCAAUCCAACAUGCAACCGUGGAUGGGUGGGGCUCCUCAAUGGGGAGGUUGGCACGCCCAAGGCCCACCUCCACCACCCGGAGUGGCUCCGCCACCUGUGCCGGGUACUUCACCUGUUGCACCUGUUCCACCACCACCAAGAGGUCCUCCCCCUGUGCCAGGCGUGCCUCCGCCGGGAUAUUACAAUUGGGGGCAACAGGCACCCCAACCCGCUUACGGAUCUUAUGGAGUUCCACCGCCUCCUCCAGGCCAAUCGCAGCAGCAACCUCCACCUCUUCCCCCAGGUAGUGACAUGUCAAACAUGAUGGGAAUACCUCCACCACCACCCCCUCAGUAGAUUUUCAGACAAACGUUUUAUUGUGUACUGUGUUUGUCUCAAUUAGGCGUAAUGAAAUUAUUCAGAACUUCUAAA